CAUGCGUGUGCACACGAUUUUAAGUUGACGCUUCACCGUCGUCCAAACACGCUCGCCGAGCGACGCGGUGCAUCCCGGCGAUCGAAAGUCGGCGAUUUAGGGCGAUCGAGGCUUGAUACGUCGUCCGCGCGCGGGCGAAGAGGGCUCGAUACGCGCGGGAGCCUGUGCUCGAGGACUCGCGCGCGCGUCUCCCGUGUUAUGACGAAAUUCCAGCGGAAUCCCGCCAGUGAUUUAACGGUGUUGUGUUCGCCAGGUGUUGCCAGGUGUUACCAGGUGAAUGCGCGAGCGUCCGCGUCGCGUUACCUUCCCGCGGGGCGAAGAGAUCGCGACGACGGCGACGGUAUCUCGCGCGAAUCUCCACCGCGAGACUCGGCGCCAGGUUUACAUAAUGCACUUUUAAUUGAUACGCUGUGAAGUGGUUUCGCGCGUGUUUGAACGCGUCGCGAGAGGACGCGAAUUGAGCUCGAUCGCGUCGAUUCAGGCGACGAUCGAAGGCUGCCGAGACGAGGAUGGUGAACGGUCGAAGGUGAGCGAAAGAGACGGGGAAGACGGCUCGAUCUCGCUCGAUAGAUCCCUUCGUUCUUGUGGAUUCUUACGGACGCCGGAGAAGGUGGCGGAAGGAGGGGAAGCGCGUCGCAUCGCGAGGACCGUUUUUUUUUGAAAAAGAAAAGCGCGAACACGAGCCAAGUGAAAUUGAGUGGUGACUUUUAUAUCAUUAUACAAUGUGUCCCUUCUAAUUGUGUGCCUUCGCGAACUCUCCUUUGUGGAAGGCGUAAGGAAGAACAGCCGAAGGACAUUUCGAUCGGAGAUCGAAGAGGCGGGAGGAGGGGAAGGACAUAGCGAAUAGUGAAGUAUGCGGAAUGCGAGGCACGAGUGUACGUGAAACGAAGACGCGCCGCGGUUCGCCGCGAUUGGCGUAGCUCCUUCCGGAGCCUCUUACGCGGCGGCGGCUACGAGCGAGGGAGGAGAGGAGCGAGGGGCUAGAGGGGGAGUCGGCGAGGUGAGGUCAACGGCGCGCAACGGCGAGGCGAGAGGAUGGAGCGGCGACCGGCGACGACCUCCGCGAGGACGCGCAGCCUCCUCACCGGUCUUUGCCUCGUCUGGAUCAUCGGUAGCAUCUGUGCCACAGAGCCACUUCAAGAGCCGCGUUUCACCAAUCAGCCGUCCAGCAGUGGCAAUAUUCUUAGCGAGAAUCGCACAAAGUUUCUACAAUGCCAAGCAAGAGGCAAUCCUCAACCAAAGUACAAAUGGUUCAAAGAUGGGGUGCCUCUCAGCAAUGAGCUCACCUCAGGGCCUUACUUCCGUAUACAAAGCACGCGGCGAGAGGAUGCCGGGGUAUAUCACUGCGUCGCGACGAACGACGUGGGGUCCAUAUUCAGCGAUCGUCUCGCCUUCGCCGUAGCCUAUAUGGAAGUGUUUGAUGAUCUCACGGAGAAAGUGGUGAGUGUCGAGUCAGGUAGCGCUGCGAUUCUGGAGUUACCCCCGAUUGAGAGCCAUCCUACCCCAGAAGUAACAUGGUUCUCCUCGGACGGGACACUCCUGUACGGUAUAAAGUACGCAACGACUCAUCAUACGCUACUGAUAUUAAACGCUUCAGAAAACGACGAAGGUUCCUAUAGAGCGAAAGCUAUCAAUACCCAACUGGGCAAGGAAGAGAAUAGUCCGUUUUUCAAGUUAAAAGUCACCGGCGAUCCAUAUGCGGAAGUGGCCCCUACAAUAAUUGUCAAGCCACAGGAUACACAGAUAAUCAAAGAUCAAGACGUCACGUACAUAAAUUGCAUUGCGAAUGCCAGAUCACUUCACGAGUUACGGACCUUGUGGAUGAAAGACGGCAUUCCAAUUGAGAACUCUAGGAUAUCAUACAGCUUUAACGAUUCGUGGAAUAGAACGCUCGCAUUGAUCUCAGCCAACAUAACUUACACGGGGAUCUAUUCUUGUCAUGUGGAUUUGAGGAGCGGUGGUUAUCCAACUGUAAAUGCGAGUGCCAAGGUUGUCGUGUACGAAAAACCGACAUUUAUAACGGAAUUAAAGAGGGAGACAUUGAGUGAUUACGGAUCCACAGUAACGUUACCGUGCGACGCUAACGGCGUACCUCCUCCUAUAAUCAGUUGGUUCCGUAAUGCCGAGCCCGUUGAUCAUUUACUGGGAACUAGAUAUAUAAUAGAGGAAGAUGGUUCGUUAACGAUCAAAAAAUUGACUAUGGACGACUCAGGAAUGUUUCAAUGCCUCGCGUCUAACGACGCCGGCGAAUCAUCCAGUUAUACAUGGCUGAAGGCGAAAAAAGAAGAAUUAGGAAGCGGAUUGAGAAACAGAGUUGCCCGCUGGGCGGCUGGCUACAAUGUAGUCAGAAUUCGCCAAUCUGAUCGCCGUUUUAUGUUCUCUCAUUAUCCAGACACAUCUGGACCGAUUAUGGAAAAAAGUCCACAGAAUUUAACAGUAUUGGACGGCAAAGAUGCGACUUUGACUUGCUACGCGAUAGCAGCACCUAAACCAAAUACUACUUGGUACUAUAAUGAUACCAUACCAGUAGAGAUUGCCGGGAGAGUACAAGUUUUGGAUAAUGGUGAUCUUCUAAUCGCUGCGGUAAAGUCAUACGACGCAGGAAAAUAUACUUGCAUUCGCGCGAAUGAAGCCGGUUCUGUCAAUGGAUCAGCAUACUUGACUGUUAUGGUUCGGACGCAAAUUAUUCAACCACCUGUUGAUACAUCCGUGCUUCUGGGACAUACCGCCGAAUUACAGUGUAAAAUCUCCAACGAUCCUAGCGUCGUGUACGAUAUGGCAUGGUUUCAUAACGGACAAGUAAUAAACACGCAAGCGAGUCAGAGAGUGAAAAUGCGAUCGGACGGAACUCUUGAGAUUUUCGCUGUUCGAGCUUCCGACGUAGGGGAUUACACGUGUUCUGUGGUGUCACCCGGCGGAAACGAGACGCGAACCGCUCGUCUGAGUGUGAUCGAAUUGCCAUUCGCGCCUAUCAACGUCGUGGCCACUCGAGUCGAACGGAUCUCACCGCGCACGAUCAACGUCACAUGGGUACCCGGCUUCGAUGGUAAUAGUCCCACGAAGAAAUUCAUAAUUCAGAGACUAGAAGUAUCUGAUCUAGGACCUAUAACCAGCCCAUUAUUAAACUGGGUCACCGAACGUGAUAACAUAUCGGCGACAAGUCGAUGGGUAUUGUUGAAUAAUUUGAAAGCCGCGGCAGCUUAUCAAUUUCGCGUUAGCGCUGAAAAUAGCGUCGGCGAAGGUCCAGCGUCGGCACCUAGUAACAUCGUCGUUUUACCUCAAGAACCGCCCAGUGGUUCACCGAUAGGCUUCGUCGGUUCAGCACGUUCAUCGUCGGAAAUAAUAACUCAAUGGCAACCUCCGCUGGAGGAAUACCGAAAUGGUCAUAUUUUAGGAUAUAUACUGAGGUACAAACUGCACGGAUACAAUGACAGUCCGUGGACGAUACAGAAUAUCACCAAUGAAGCGCAAAGAAAUUAUCUUAUUACCGAUCUGAUCACGUGGAAGGAUUACGAAGUACAGAUAGCGGCUUACAACGAUAAAGGUGUGGGUGUAUACACCAAGGGCUUGCAGAUUAAAACUAAGGAAGGAGUUCCGGAAGCACCGCCCACAAAUGUAAAAGCGGAAGCGAUUAACUCAACGGCGGUGAAAGUUUGGUGGAAGCCACCGAAUCCACAGAAGAUCAACGGAAUAAAUCAAGGAUAUAAAUUGCAAGCUUGGUUUGGCAGUAACAUUAUGGAAGCAACUGAAUAUAAAUCGAUGACCGUGCCACCCAGCCUAUUUGAUCCACUCGCCGAACAGAGCGCUAUUAUGACGAGUUUAAGGAAAUACACUCUGUAUAAUAUUACGGUGCUUUGCUUCACCGAUCCUGGUGAUGGCGAAAGGAGUUCGCCCGUCGAAAUACGCACUUGCGAAGAUGUACCCGAAGAAGUGGAGAAUCUACAAUUCGAAGACAUCAGUGAUCGCGCGCUGACAGUUAAGUGGAGUCCUCCUAAAGGAACGAAUGGCAUAUUGACACAUUAUCAACUGAAAUAUAUGAUUAAAGAGAUUCCGGAUUCUUUGCGCGUCGAAAACUUUACGGCCGAUGUAUUGUCGACAAAAAUAAAACAUUUACAGGCAUUGACUCAUUACAAAUUUGAAGUUACUGCGUGGACGUCAAUUGGACCAGGAAAGUCAAAAGUAGCGACCAUACAAUCGGGCGUAGAACCGGUGCUACCAGAACCGCCUACAAAGCUGGCGUUAUCCAAUAUAGAUGCAUUCUCCGUUGUGUUACAAUUCACGCCAGGAUUCGAUGGCAACUCAUCCAUCACGAAAUGGACAGUACAAGCACAAACAGCGCGAAAUUCGACAUGGUACAAUAUCUACGAGGUAUCCGAUCCUGACGCCAGUACGAUCACCGUCGACGGUUUGACUCCCUUUAUGCAAUAUAAGCUUCGUUUAAUCGCAAACAAUGUCGUCGGUGCGUCGCAGCCUUCCGAAUCGACCAAGGAGUUUCAAACAAUUCAAGCACCACCUUCUCACCCUCCGAAGAACGUCACGGUCCGCGCGAUGAACGCCACCGAAUUACGCGUCAGAUGGAUCCCGUUGCAGCAAAUAGAGUGGAACGGAAAUCCACGCGGAUACAACAUCACGUACACGGAAGUGCGCUCAAAAAUCUCGAAGAGCGUCACUAUCGAAGAUCCCACUGCAAAUUCGUAUGUUCUGGAGAAUAUGGAGGAGUACGCCGAUUAUGAGAUUAUGAUGCAGGCGUUCAACGAUGUCGGUUCUUCAGCGGCGAGUCCAAAGGCCAUCGAACGAACUCGCGAAUCAGUUCCUUCUCUGGGACCAAUCAACGUAGAAGCGAACGCGACAUCCUCUACGACAAUUUUAGUACGAUGGGGAGAUGUUCCUGUAGAACAUCAAAACGGACAAAUCGACGGUUUUAAAGUUUACUAUGGCGCGAAUUCCAGAUCGUCCUUCCAAUACAAAAAUAUUCCCAGUAACACUACUUUUACGACUACCCUAACGGAGCUCCGCAAGUUUGUUCAAUACCAUGUGCAAGUUUUAGCUUACACGAGACUCGGCGACGGGGCGUUGAGCACUCCACCUGUGAGGGUUCAGACCUUUGAAGACACUCCUGGUCCACCAUCUAACGUAUCUUUUCCUGACGUGAGUUUCUCCACAGCGCGUAUUAUCUGGGAUACGCCAGAGGAUCCCAAUGGAGAGAUUCUCGCGUAUAAGGUCUUGUUUCAUUUGAAUAGUAGCCAAGAUCGCCAAUUCUCUAAAGAAUUCCCAGCAUCAGACAGAACAUUUAGAGCCACUAGUCUCGAACCGGAGCAAUAUUAUAUGUUCUCUGUGACGGCGCAGACGAGAUUGGGUUGGGGUAAGACAGCUUACGCGCUUGUAUUUACUACGAACAAUAGGGAACGUCCGCAGGCACCAUCGGUACCGCAAGUGAGCAAGUCGCAGAUCCAGAGUCGUCAGAUAACGUUUAGCUGGACACCAGGCAGAGAUGGUUUUGCACCAUUAAGAUAUUAUACAGUGCAACAGUCGGAGAAUUCUGGACCGUUCCAAACUAUACCCGAAAGAGUAGAGCCAACUCUGACAUCUUACACGGCUAACAAUUUAAAACCUUACACGCGCUAUCAAUUUCGUAUUCAGGCUACCAAUGAUAUAGGUCCUUCGGAAUGGAGUACCGAGUCUGCUCAAGUGCAAACUCUGCCUGCAGCACCGUCAAAAGGCGUCACUGGUCUAAAAGUUGUACCAAUAACAACAUCCAGCGUCGAAGUUCACUGGAAUAUGAUCGACGAAGUGUAUUGGAGCGGAGAUUACGAAACAGGUGGUUAUCGCAUCGUUUACCAGCCGGUAUCAGAUUUCCCAACGCCACUUCAGGCGACGCCGAAAGAAGAUAUUCUGGGAAUUAAGGAAACUAAAAUGGUUUUAAGUGAUUUAACGGAGGAUCGAUAUUACGAGAUUAUAGUAUUACCAUUUAACUCAGAAGGCGAAGGUCCACCGAGUCCACCGGUUACUGUGUACGUAGGAGAAGCCGUCCCUACAGGAGAGCCUCAACAUUUGAUAGCCGAAUCUAUUUCCUCCACCGAGGUCCAUUUACGUUGGAAGCCUCCCCAAGCCAAUAUGCAAAAUGGCGAUUUAUUGGGAUACAAAAUUUUUUAUUUAGUAACCGACUCUCCUCAAAAUUUAGAGAAGAAACAGGAAGAAGAGAUAGAAGUUGUUCCAGCAUCCUCUUUGGCGCACAGUUUAGUCUUCCUCGAUAAGUAUACAGAAUACCGUAUACAAGUUUUGGCAUUUAAUCCGGCCGGAGAUGGCCCACGAUCUCCGCCAAUUACCGUAAGGACGAAACAGGACAUACCGGGACCGCCGUACAAUUUACAAUUUACUGAAAUUACCAUGACCAGCUUGCGCGUCUCUUGGGAGCCACCGAAAUUACGCAAUGGCGAGAUAAUCGGUUAUAUCGUUACAUAUGAAACGGCGGAGCAAAAUGAUCGUUUCAGCAAACAAGUCAAGCAAAAAGUGACGGAGACGAGCCUCCUCAUCCAACCAUUGGAGGAGGAAGUGACAUAUACUUUUAUGGUUCGCGCACAGACAAUCGACUUUGGACCGCCGAUAUCCGGUAAUGUUACGACCGGUCCGCAAGAGGGUUCGCCGAUGGCACCUAGUAAGCUUGGCGUGACUAAAACUGUCUCCAGUGUGGAACUACAGUGGACCAACGGUGCUUCCGGCAAAGGUCCUAUACUGGGUUAUUACAUCGAGACUCGUCGUAAAGAUGAUUCGCGCUGGCAGACAAUAAUUCGUAGUAGCAAUGGACCACUGACGGAAUAUACUGUAUCCUAUCAAAACUUACUACCAUCUACAUCAUACUUGUUUAGAGUAAUAUCAUAUAAUCGUUAUGGAAUCAGUUAUCCAGCGUAUUCCACAGAAACCAUUUUGACGCCGUCGAAAUUGUACCUGGAAUAUGCAUAUUUGCAACACAGACCGUUUUAUAGACAGACUUGGUUUAUGGUCACUUUAGCAGCUACGUCAAUUAUAAUUAUUAUUAUGGUCAUAGCAGUGUUGUGUGUAAAGAGUAAAAGUUACAAGUAUAAACAAGAGGCGCAAAAGACUCUCGAAGAGUCAAUGGCGAUGGAUGCGGACGACAGGCAAGAAUCGGAUCUGGUAUUGUAUAGAUCGCGUCAAAGUGGUGGCACAGUCAACGUGGCGAGUGGUACUCUAGGUAAAAAGAACACAUUAGCCCGGAAAGCUAUGCACCCUCCACCGCCAGCGAUGUUAGGCAAAUCGCCUCCUAGACCUUCCCCCGCAUCGGUUGCUUAUCACAGUGACGAGGAGAGUCUCAAAGGAUACGACGAGAAUCCUGAUGACAGCAGCGUUACGGAGAAGCCCUCCGAAAUUAGUUCCACCGAUUCUCAGGGUUCUGAGAGCGAGAAUGAGAGUGUGCAAUCCGACCCGCAUUCCUUCGUGAAUCACUACGCGAAUGUGAAUGAUUCGUUGAGACAAUCAUGGAAGCGGCAGAAACCCGUUCGGAAUUAUUCGUCGUACACAGAUUCCGAGCCGGAAGGCAGCGCGGUCGUCAGUUUGAAUGGCGGUCAGAUCAUCAUGAACAAUAUGGCAAGAUCGAGAGCGCCGCUGCCAGGUUUCUCAUCGUUCGUGUAACUAAAUUAAAACUUUAUUGAGACAAGAAGACUUCUAUUAUUAAUAAUAAUAUCAAAAUUAUCGUCUCACAUUUGAAGCGAAGUCUUUUUUUAUAUUACAUAUAUAGAGCGAAAGACUUACGUCGAAAACACGUGUAUUACGUGUUGACGGCAUAGACUUAUAGCAAACUUAUAAAUUGUAGAAAGCUUGAGGCAUCUUCAUAUUGUGAUAUAUUAAUACAUACUUAUUUAUAAUUUUCGAUAAGACAUUUUGUGCAUUUAAUAGAUACUUUUCUAUUUUCUUAGAUUAGUUUAAAGAUAACAUAUAGAUCUCGUAUGGACACAUUGCAUAAUUUUCGUACCUGCAGAGCACAGAGUAUAAACUUGAGAUUUGCUUAAUGAAAAUCUGCAAAUGUUCAGAAAUCAUUAAAUGGAUAAUCACAUAAGUUCAGUUAGAAUAAAAAAAUUGUUUAUACAGGAUUAAUUAAAAAACAACAAUUAACUGAACUAAAUUAACUUAUUUGAUAACAACAAACAUGAUUGUGAUUUUAUUAAGUCAUUAUGUGAAAAAUUUUACAUUCGCAAUUACAUAGCAAUCCCAAAAAAUUAUCAAAA